UGCUAUCAAGGAAUGUCAGGGAAAAGAUACAAUGAAGCUGAAAUCAUCAUUAGAUCUAAUAGUCCCACAUCUAUAUGGCGACCACACUCUCUGUGCCAAUGCGUGUGUUACCUGGUGCAGUUUUUUGAAGAACCCUUCACAGUUCAGGUAUCGUAGUCUACCAGAAGGAAAACCUCUCACUUGCCCUCAUCUAAAGAAUGCUCUGACUGAUGUCAUAGAAAACCUGAAAGGAAGAGCUGCUUCGUUAACAAGCCUAGGAUCUACCCAAGCAAAUGAGAAUUUUAAUUUCAUAGUCUCAACAAAGGCUCCCAAAAACAAGUCAUUUGGAUCCAGCAAAUCUCUGAGAGGAAGGAUAUCAGCAUCUGUACUGCAGAAGAAUGAGGGCCAGGGAUACUUAGCAAAGGUAAACAAAGCUGUUGGUUUAUCACCUGGAGAGUUUACAAUGAAGGUUGCAAGGAAAAUUGCUGCAAAAAGAAAAUUGCAGAAAGCCAAGGCUAUGUGUUUUCAAGCAAAGAGAAAACGUCUCGUUAAGAAGAUAAAGAAGAGCAGUAAAGAGGCCACAAAAGAAAUGCAUGAAGGUACAACAUAUUCCCAAUUUGUUGAAACAACUCAAGAGCACGAAUCAAAUCAGACAACAGAAAUUCCACAAAGAUUGACACUACCAACAGAAAAUUCCUUUCAGUAUAUCACAUUUGAUAUUGAAACAACAGGUAGGGGAAGGAACUGUGAUAUUUUGCAGAUAGCAGCUGGAGAUUUCAACGUUUAUGUUCAACCUCGCUGUAGAAUUACUGACCAGGCCUCUUCUGUAAAUGGAAUACUGUACAACUGGGAUACAAAGACCAUGAUCCACAGAGGAAACCAAGUAAGUGCCAAGCCUAUUCAGGAGGCCCUUUUAGACUUUUUGGAGUACAUGAAGAAAAUUCAGAAUCCAGUGCUUGUUGGGCAUAAUGCUUGCAGCUUUGACAUUCCUAUUCUUACGAACCGACUGAGAGAAUUUAAUUUGUUGGGAGUAUUUUCAAAACAUGUGGUGGGAUUUGUAGACACUCUAAAAAUUUCAAAAAGAGUCUUCGCAAAAUCAGAGGUUGGCAAUUACAAGCAGGAAAACCUAGUUAAUAAAGUCAUCAACUGCACCUACCAUGCACAUGAUGCAAAAGAAGAUGUCCGCGUCCUGACUGUGUUAUUUACGGAAAAGUUAGAAAAAGAAGUCAAAGACAAUGAUCUCUAUCACAUAGGUUUUCAUGAGGUUAAAAGUAAAUACACAGAGCUAUUACAACAAAAGUGCAUAUCUGUAGCGGCCGUAUCAAAGCUGGCAAGGAGUGGUGUUACUCCAUUUCAUUUAAGACUUGCUCAUACAAGAAACCAUGGACUGAAAUUGCUAUUGAAUAGUCAUAAAGUGCACUUAACAACAAAAUAUUUGUCAUCUCUUGUGGGAUUUCUGGAGAAAGAAGAGUGACAUUCACAACUGAAUGACAAAAAGGUCUAGCUAUUGACUAUUAUUGUACAUAUACUCAACAAAAAAAGAAACGCAUAUUGUUUCACUCAUCAAAGAAAUUUUGAAAAAGUAUAUGAAACAACUACCUUUUUUUAUCAUUGGAUACCUGUGAUAUAAUUAAAGGACAACAUAGGGUUUUAAACCUAAAGUGUUGAGUAAUUUCCCUUGAAUAAUUAUGUUUAUGAAAAUAGUGUUUUUCAAGAUUUCUUGUAAAUCAGUGGUCUAUUUUCAUUGAUAUUUUGGAUUUAGAGAAACAAUAAACACUCCUAUAAUUAAACCCAUAUUUAAAUUUUUAUAACAAUGUUGAUGUUGCAAUGUCACGCCUUAACAAAGAUGAA